AUGGUAUUUUCCGUAUCACUUGGGAGUAAUUCUUCUCUAUACUGGGCUUACCAGCUGUUAGGAUCACAUCCAUACACUCUGGCAUUUGCAAUAAUUUUGUUUCCCAUUCUAUCAAUUCUGAUUCAUGACUUUUUUCUAUACCUCCGACUACCUCCUGGCCCAACGCCCCUCCCGUUCAUCGGUAACAAAUUUUUAAUCCCAACAUCGUCGCCCUGGAUCCAAUUCGAGAAAUGGUCUCACACCUAUGGCCCUAUAUUCACUCUUUGGAUCGGCCGUCGACCCACGAUCGUCAUCUCCGAUCCAAAAGUAGCCGUGGAUCUCCUCGAAAAGCGCAGCACCAAAUUCAGCUCCCGCCCCCGGUUCGUGGUCAUGGGCGAAUUGUAUUGGGAUAACGCGGGAAUCUUGGUCCAACCCUACGGCAAAGAAUGGCAAACCAGACGCCGGAUGCUCCAUCAAGCGCUGAACCCAUCUGCCCUUCGACUGUACAAGCUUGCUCAGGAAGCCGAGGCAACACGUUUGUGUGGAGCACUCCUGGAUGAACCAAGUUUUUAUGAAGGCCUUAUCGAUCGUUUUACCGCAAGCGUGGUAUUUAGUAUCGCAUAUGGCCAUAGGAUCGAUUCAAUGAAUUCGAAGAUUAUCAGACAAAGGCUUGACUUCAUGCAAUAUUCCGCCUCUCUCAAUGUCCCAGGAAGAUUCCUCGCUGAGACCAUUCCCUGGCUCAAGCACGUCCCCAACUUCCUAGCACCGUGGAAAGCAGAGAUUCAACGCCGAGGUCGCGAAGAGGCAUCAAUGAACAUGGCGUUGCUACGUCGCGUACAAGACGAGCUCCUCAUUGCAAAAAGCCCGUCAGUGGCCCCCGACUCUCUCACCAAACUGCUUCUCCAAGCCCGCGACGCAGACCCGACCACAUUCGGCGGACUCAAUGAGCGUGACUUUUCCUUCGUCCCAGCAUCCCUCUUUGGCGCUGGCAGCGACACAACCGCGAGCACACUCUGUAGCGCGAUCCUAAUGCUAGUCACCAACCCACGAGUACAAGCAACCGCGCACGCAGAAUUAGACCAUAUCGUCGGGGCAUCCCGUCUACCAACUUUCGACGAUGAGCCUCAACUUCCAUAUCUCAAGGCACUCUGCCACGAGACUCUUCGAAUUCGCCCGGUUGCUGUGCUGGGGGGAACGCCCCAUGCAAACUCAGCGGCGGACACCUAUGAGGGGUACUUUAUACCCAAGGGCACGACUAUCCUGUGCAACUCGUGGGCUAUUAAUCUGAAUCAAGCAUAUUAUCCGAAUCCGCACCACUUUAAUCCACUACGUUUCCUGUCCGUCGAUCCCAAGGCACUUUCCUACCUUCCGAAACCUUCAGCGGAGGAUCUAAGUGAGGCUUUUCCAUUGAGAUCACACCCCGCAAAAGAAGGCCACAGCUCAUUUGGUUGGGGGAGAAGGAUCUGUCCAGGGGCCGGGCUCGCGCACAACUCUCUUUUUAUUGCUUUGGCGCGGCUCCUAUGGGCGUUUGAGUUCAAGCCUGUCCGAGAAGAGGAUGCUUCUGAGCGGGUAUAUGAUACGUUUGCGUAUACGCAAGGGUUCAAUAUCCGACCGAAGUCGUUUGAGUGUGAGAUUAAUCUUAGGAACGAAGAGCGGCGAGAAGUCUUGAAGGUGGAGCUGAAGAGCGCCGAGAGCGUGAUGAGUAGAUUCACUCCGUUUGAGGAGUAG